AUGAGACAGGUAUCGUGGGUGCGCAAGCGUGACCUGAAGAUUCUGACGGUCGGCAAGUUCACCUACACGUCGGACCACAGGUUCACGGCCGUCCACGCUACUGGAUCUGAGGAGUGGGUGCUGAAGAUCACCAGCCCACGGAGGGAAGACUCGGGCGUGUACGAAUGCCAGGUGUCUGUCGAGCCAAAGAUCAGCCAGCCGUUUCGACUCGACGUGGUCGAGACGCCCUCCCGUACGUCACAACAAUGCCUCACGCUCACUGCACGUGGAGACGGUGCGGCGUACGUGGGAACGUCCAGCGAUGCAGAAUCGUCGUCCAAGCGAAAGUCCGUGGGACGCGAGAACACUCCGGAGCAGCUGUGA